AUGGUUCAAACGGAAGACACCCGUUCCUUGGUGAGCAAGGAGAUCCAACUGGCCAUUGAGCACAAGGCAGAUGAGCUCUGGAAAAUUAAUCAGAAGAUCCACAGCAACCCCGAGCUAGGCUACCAGGAAUACCAGGCCCACGACAACAUUACCUCCAUGCUCCAAUCUAUGGGCUUCUCUGUCAAUCUCCACGCAUAUGGGCUUGAGACCGCCUUCGUAGUUGAGUACGGCACUGGAGGGCGCGUGGUGGCCUUUAACGCCGAGUAUGACGCUCUCCCCGAAAUCGGCCAUGCCUGCGGCCAUAAUCUCAUCGCGACGAUGUCCAUUGCGGCAUUCCUCGGCCUGGCCGAGGCUUUGAAGACACAUAAGAUGCUAGGCAGGGUGCGUCUCAUCGGCACGCCGGCUGAAGAAGGUGGCGGAGGAAAGAUCAAAAUCAUUGACGCGGGUGGGUUUAGGGAUGUGGACGCGUGUUUGAUGGCCCAUCCUGGUCCUUUCGAUGAGUGUACCGGCUUCACGGGUGAUGCAUUCAUGCCCACUCUUGCGAGUCAUAAAAUGAGAGCACGAUUCACUGGAAAGACAGCGCAUGCAGCUGUCGCCCCAUGGGAGGGAGUCAAUGCUUUGGACGCGGCGGUGUUGGCGUAUAACGGGAUCAGUGUCCUACGGCAACAGUCGCAUCCAACAGAUCGGGUGCAUUGUGUGUUUUCGGAUGGAGGGGCACGACCAAACGUCAUUCCUGGCAGUGCGGAGAUCGACUGUUAUGUCAGGAGUCCGACGCUGAAAACUGCAGAUGACUUGCUCGCCAAGGUGAAGCGAUGCUUCACUGGUGGGGCUAUCCAGGCAGGAUGUGAGAUGGACUUUAGGAUGACCAAUACGUAUGCGGACCUACGGCCCAAUGCGACUAUCUGUACUCUGUACGCAGAUGCAAUGACCACCAUAGGCUCUGACGUCAAAUGUGAUCUGCGCUCCACCGGCAUCCCGGGCUCUACGGAUCAAGGAAAUGUCUCGUACGAGUGUCCCGCGUUCCAAGCAUAUGUCGGCAUCCCAGCCGAUCCAGGAUGUAAAAACCACACUCCUGGUUUUACUGCCGCAGCCGGCACACUCAGAGCCCACGAUCUUUGCAUUGAAGCUGCCAAAGGUAUGGCUAUCGUGGGCUGGAACGUGCUGGCCAAUGAAGAGAUCGCAUCGAAAGUAAAGAGAGACUUCGAACUAGAUAGGGACGUGCGUAGUCACGUUAACAUCCCGAGUACAUUGCUAUCCGAUGAAGAAACAUUGAAAUGA